CUUCUUUAUGACAGUUUAAACAAUAAUUAAGUUAAAUAUUAAUUUCAGCAUCGAAGCAAAUAUAUCUGGUUCAAGAGAACGAGAAGUCGAUAAAUACUUUUCUGUCAGAGAACAGUAGGUCUUCACCUACUGAGAGGUUGCCUGCUUUAUAUUAAAAAUGUCGGGGCCGGCGAUGGGCAGCCGCUUGCCGCUGCUGGUGGCGACGGCGCUGGCGCUGGCGGCCGCGCUGCUGCUGCCGCUGCUGUUCCGCCGCGGCCAGCACGUGCUAUUGAUUAGAACCUGUAUACGGUUGACGGCGUUUUGUUGCUGGAUUUUCUGGGCGACGGUGUACGCGGCGCAGAUGAACCCGCUGAUCGCGCCGGAGCUGCUCGCGCGCGACCUCGCCUGGCUCGCGCACAAAUGGGGUGACCCAGCUUAAGAUAAUUUUGUGUUCGUCGAUUAAGAGGAAGAUUAUAUUUAUUUAAGUUAUGUGAGUAUUCAAU